GCCCGCGGGCCCAGCUAACGGGGCAGGCGUUAUGGCGGACGAGGCCAUGGAUAGUUACCUGUACUCAGCCUACACCCCCUACUCCUACCGCUACCAGCCGCCGAAGGGCAAAGGGCCCCCGGGCGCCUGGCGGCAGCGGGGCACCUACUUCUCGGGCUAUGGGGACACGGCGGCGGCGGCCGCGGCCGAGUACUUCGAUAACUACCAGCGGGCGCAGCUGAAGGCGAUCCUGUCCCAGGUGAACCCCAGCCUGACGCCGCGGCUCCGCAAAGCCAACACCAAGGAGGUGGGGGUGCAGGUGAACCCGCGGCAGGACGCCUCGGUGCAGUGCUCGCUGGGGCCCCGCACCCUGCUGCGGCGGCGGCCGGCCCCCGGGCUGCCCUCGCUGCGGCCCCGCGAGCAGGAGCAAGGCAGCCCCGCCACCGCCAGGCCCGUGCGCUUCCCGCGGACCAUCGCCGUGUACUCGCCCAUGGCGUCCCGCAGACUCACCACCUUCCUGGAGGAGCCCGAGGACGCGGGGCAGGAGGCGGCCGAGGAGGAGCCGGAGGAGGCGGCCGCCGAGGAAGAGGAGCAGCAGCAGCGCACGGAGGCGGCCGCCGUGCGGGCCAGCUGGGAGCAGCCGCCCGGGAGCAGCGCGGAGCCGCAGGAGCCGCGGCCGCCCCAGCAGCAGGAGGCGGCAGAGGAGGAGGAGGAGGAGGCGGAGGCAGCUGCCCCGCGGCAGGAAGGGCCGGUGGAGGCCCCCGAGCGCCAGGCCGGGCAGCCCCAGGCCGCAGCCCCUCAGGAGCCGGGGCAGGGCAAGACCCGCCUGCGCUUCCAGUUUCUGGAGCAGAAGUAUGGCUACUACCACUGCAAGGACUGCAACAUCCGUUGGGAGAGCGCUUAUGUGUGGUGUGUGCAGGGCACCAACAAGGUCUACUUCAGGCAGUUCUGCCGGACAUGUCAGAAAUCCUACAACCCCUACCGCGUGGAGGACAUCACCUGCCAGAGCUGUAAGCAGACCAGAUGCACCUGCCCUGUGAAAGUGCGCCAUGUGGACCCCAAGAGACCCCAUCGUCAAGAUCUCUGUGGGAGAUGCAAAGGCAAACGUCUUUCCUGUGAUAGUACAUUUAGUUUCAAAUAUAUUAUUUGACUGGGAUACUUGUUUAAAGGAUCCUUGUGUAAAAUUGCAAUCAAAGCAGUUUUUCUUUUGAAAGAAUAUAUAAUAUGGUGGGGUGUAUAGCUGGGCAAACCUACAAAUAAAGGUAUGGCGAAGCACUGUUAUAACAGAUAAGGCAUGUGCAUGUCUACCUUCUUUGAGUAUAGAAGUUGCAACAUUUCCAAUUAGGAAUGGGGGAGAAGGCACUGUCCUGUCAUACAAGGAAGAGUAGUUCUGUGGCUGAUUUUUAUUGUGAUGGUGACAUCUAGCCGUUUCUGCUUCUGGAAGAGGCAGAUAUGCUUUCCUAGUGACCUCCCUGAAGCUUAGGGAGGUCAUCUGAGGAGUGACCUAGGUAGUUGAGUCUCAAAUAGAUUACUGAUGUAAACUACCUCUAUUGCUCUAUGUAGCAUCCAUCUCAUUUAACACAAGAAUGAAAAUCCAAUGACCUCCUUCCACAAUACAGGCAAAUAUUAGUUUAACUAAAAUGUUCUACAGUCACUAACUAGUAUAGGAGUACAUAAACAUACACAACUUUCUUCCGAUCAAUCACUUUAACAUCUGAAAGUUAGCAAUUCUUCUCUAGGCAGAGGGCUAGUCAGAUCAUGAAACAAAAUAUCUUCAGCUCAAGCCUAGGAUUAUACAAGUAGCCAGUUUAGUUGUAGAAAUGGCUAUCACUAAUCUGAAUACUUCCAGGUGCUGUUGUAGCACUAUCUUUAAUGAAACCCCCUAACCUGAAAGGGGCACAUACUCCAGGUGUGCAUGGCUGCAAAGGGGAGAGGUUAAAAUGAAACAGCUGUUGCUAAUGGACCAGUUAAAGAUUUUCAGUGUCUGUUUUUAAUGUUUAGCUCAAUUUGUAACUGAUACAGAUCAGUGUGGCUAUCAAUAACUAUCAUGGCUGCAUUUCUCACUUAUGGAGCCUACUGUGAAAUACUUACUUCUGUUCUAGCUGCUUUAUUAGCUAAUCUGAUAGUGACUGUUAGUUUUCUCUACCUGUGUAUUUUUCGAACUGUGUAGACAAAAGCUUCUGUUACCAAGAGUCAGUAAUGUAUAACUUUUUUCUGUGAAACUCUCCUUUAAAGAUAACACAUUGCUAAUAA